GCGCGGGAGCUCGGGGCGGCUAGAAGCCGGGAGGAGCCCCGCGGUUGCCCGGCUUACACAGCUGAGCUUCGGCGAUCAGUACCCGAGUGGCUUCCGCCCUGUCCAUGAGGUCUCUGUACAUGGGCGCCAUGCCGCUCCCACCGCCCCGGUCGAUGCUGAUGCUGGUGCUGAUGCUGAUGCGAGGGGCCAGUGGCUCAGAGGCCGAGCACCGCUUGUUCCAGUACCUGUUCCAAGAUUACAACGAGAUCAUCCGGCCUGUGGCCAAUGUGUCCCAUCCAGUCAUCAUCCAGUUUGAGGUGUCCAUGUCUCAGCUGGUGAAGGUGGAUGAAGUAAACCAGAUCAUGGAGACCAACCUGUGGCUGAAGCAAAUCUGGAAUGACUACAAGCUGAAAUGGAAACCCUCUGACUACCAAGGGGUGGAGUUCAUGCGUGUCCCUGCAGAGAAGAUCUGGAAACCAGACAUUGUCCUUUAUAACAACGCCGAUGGGGAUUUCCAGGUAGAUGACAAGACCAAAGCUCUACUCAAGUACACAGGAGAAGUGACUUGGAUCCCUCCGGCCAUCUUCAAGAGCUCAUGCAAGAUUGAUGUGACCUACUUCCCAUUCGACUACCAAAAUUGCACCAUGAAGUUCGGCUCCUGGUCCUACGACAAGGCAAAGAUCGACCUGGUCCUCAUUGGCUCCUCUAUGAACCUCAAGGACUACUGGGAAAGCGGCGAGUGGGCCAUCAUCAAAGCCCCGGGCUACAAACACGAGAUCAAGUACAACUGCUGCGAGGAGAUCUACCAAGACAUCACGUACUCCCUGUACAUCCGCCGCCUGCCGCUGUUCUACACCAUCAACCUCAUCAUCCCCUGCCUGCUCAUCUCCUUCCUCACCGUGCUCGUCUUCUACCUGCCCUCUGACUGUGGUGAGAAGGUGACGCUCUGCAUCUCGGUGCUCCUGUCCCUGACCGUCUUUCUCCUAGUGAUCACCGAGACCAUCCCUUCCACCUCGCUGGUCAUCCCCCUGAUGGGGGAGUACCUGCUCUUCACCAUGAUUUUUGUGACCUUGUCCAUUGUCAUCACAGUCUUUGUGCUCAAUGUGCACUACAGGACUCCGACCACUCACACGAUGCCCUCUUGGGUCAAGGCUGUGUUCCUGAACUUGCUCCCCAGGGUCAUGUUUAUGACCAGGCCGACCAACAGCGAGGGAGACACCCAGAAGCCAAGGGCCUUCUACAGCGCCGAGCUCUCAAAUCUGAACUGCUUCAGCCGUGCAGACUCCAAAAGCUGCAAGGAAGGCUACCCCUGCCAAGAUAGGACGUGCAGCUACUGCCACCACCGUAGGGUGAAAAUCUCAAAUUUCAAUGCCAACCUCACGAGAAGCUCCAGUUCUGAGUCCGUUGACGCUGUGUUGUCCCUCUCUGCUCUGUCACCAGAAAUCAAAGAAGCCAUCCAAAGUGUGAAAUAUAUUGCUGAAAACAUGAAAGCACAGAAUGUAGCCAAAGAGAUUCAAGAUGAUUGGAAGUAUGUUGCCAUGGUGAUUGACCGCAUCUUUCUCUGGGUUUUCAUCCUGGUGUGCAUUUUAGGGACGGCGGGAUUAUUUCUUCAACCCUUGAUGGCCAGAGAUGACACAUAAGCUAUGAAUUGUGUUCACCAAGGCUUACCUGUGCCACUGCAGGGGCACUUUCCCAAUAGCACUACACUUUAUCCCAUCA